AAAUAGACCAAACAGUAACGUCUGCAUAUAAAAAUGUCGACAAAAUACAGUGUCUACCUUUGAAACUGGACAUAGCCAUGGAAGCUCAGAAGAAGAAGUAUAAACUGGUGGUGGGUCUGUUUCUUUUCAUCGUGUUCUUGUUUGAGCCUGGUGUGAGAGCUUGGACUGGUGAAAUCCAUGGCAGAGUCUUUUGUGAUGUCUGUAGCGAUUCCUCUAUUGGUCCUGAGGAUCAUGUUCUUGAAGGUGCUGAGGUAGCUGUUCUUUGCAUCACAAAGUCAGGUGAAGUCCUAAAUUAUCAGGCAUUCACAAAUGCAAAGGGGAUAUACACAGUAGCAGAGACAAUGCCUGAGAGUGACCGCUGGGAUGCAUGCCUUGCACGGCCCAUCAGCAGUUUCCAUGAACACUGUACACAUCUUGGUGAUGGCAGCACAGGAAUCAAGUUCAGCUAUAAUCACCCGUCGGGUUAUUCUCAUGCUGUCAGAACGUUUGUCUAUAGACCUGCCAGUGCGCCAACGUACUGCAUUUGAAACUAUACAGGCUUGGUGUAUAUGUUUAUGUUGAAAUCUGUACUAUGCUUGAACUGAAAACAAAAGUGAGAAAGAUGGUGUGGAUAUGUAUCAUCAAUAUGUGAAUUGUAGUGACCAUCCAAUGUGCGUGCUUCUGUUGGCUGUGCACCUAGGUAGAUUUUGUAAUUGUAUUUAUGCUGAAUGUCUUAUAAACCUUGUUAGUUUAAUUAUAAAUUCUAUAAGGUUAUGCUUAUCUAUUGGAACUGAGCCUCAUGGACUCUU